UCUCAGUCCUGAAGUGGCUAACGAAGAAUCUACAUCUCCAGAAAAUAUUCAUUUGCUUCAUACACUUCUUGGUCAUUCCCUGCCAAUGGGCUCUAUAGUGGCAAAGCUUCUGUUACCAACCAUCAGCAGUCUGGCAUUUUUGCCAACCAUCAGCAUAGCAGCCAAGAGGCAGUUUCAUUUGGAGGCUAUGGUGUAUUUUUUCACUAUGUUCUUCAUUGCGAUUUUCCAUGCAUGUGAAGGCCCUGGCUUAUCAUUCUUGUGUUUCAUGAGAUACGAUCUGCUAGAAUAUUUCAGUAUUUAUGGGACUGCACUCUCGAUGUGGGUGUCAUUGAUAGCAAUGGCUGAUUUUGAUGAACCCAAAAGGUCCACAAUAAUCAUGUUUGGAGUACUCACCAUUGCAGUGAGGAUAUAUCAGGAUCGCUUGGGAUAUGGAGUCUACUCGGGUCCUAUAGGAACUGCUGUACUAAUGAUCUCAGUAAAAUGGUUAACUAAAAUGAAGGAGAAGAAAGGCCUCUACCCAGACAAAAGUGUCUACACGCAACAGAUUGGCCCAGGAUUCUGCUUUGGGGCAUUGGCAUUAAUGUUGCGUUUCUUUUUUGAGGAAUGGGAUUAUACCUAUGUGCACAGCUUCUAUCAUUGCUCGCUAGCCAUGUCCUUUGUGCUCCUGCUCCCCAAAAUAAACAAAAAAGCAGGUAAUGGAGGGGACCCAACCAAGAUGAACUGCUCAACUUUCUGCUGCUGUGUGUGAGGUCAUCAAGUGGAAGUGGAAUAUGAUAUUUAGGAACUAACCGGAAGUGUUUAUUCCACAAACUGAUGAUUCCAAAAUGGCUAGCCCAGGUAUAGCGAGUUUCAACC